UUAGCCACGCACGUUCGAGCUUCAGAUCAAUAUCAGGCCCUGCAGCUGUUCUGCAUGGAAAUACUAAAGUUGUAAUCUCCUGCAGAUGACUUCAUGAACUGCUUGCCUUGUUUAUACUGAUCAAAUUGACACCAUUUAGGUGCUACCAUGGCAGAUGGUGUGGACCUCACCCGAAAGUUUGUGUCUGAGUCUGAACUAGAAGACAAAAGAAAGAAAAGACAGGAAGAAUGGGAGAAGAUCCGCAAGUCUGAUGAUCCAGAGGAGGUCCCAGAAGAAGAGUACGACCCCCGAUCUCUAUUCGAGAGGCUACAAGAGCAGAAAGACAAGAAACAGGAGGAUUACGAGGAGCAGUUCAAAUUCAAGAACAUGGUUAAAGGACUGGAUGAAGAGGAGACAAGCUUUCUUGAGGAGGUGUCACAGCAGCAGUGUCUAAUAGAGAAACGCAGGCAUGAUGAGGAAGCUAAGGAGAUAAAAGAAUACAGGAGUGCUCUUCAGAAGCGGGCUAUCAGCGAGAGCCAAAAGAAGGAGCCAGAGAAAAAAGCAGGACCUAAACCAUCAGAACAAAAGACCAGUCACCUUUCUCAGGCCCAUCUGUUGGCUGGGGCAGUCAAACGGCGCAGCUCAUCUCUGUCUUCAGAAGGAAGUAAAAAGCAGAAAGUAGAAGAGACAGCUGCUGGCAAUGGCAGUCAGACAGAGCAGGAGGCGGGUGAGCCUAAAUCCCUUGGCAUGGGUGUGACUCACUCGGGCGUUCUCCACCUGCCCUCCGCCGCUGUAUGCGUGGGCAUUCUGCCAGGGCUUGGAGCUUACUCGGGCAGCAGCGAUUCUGAGUCCAGCAGCGACAGUGAAGGUAGCGUGGACGAGAUUGGCUUUCCCAUAAAGCGCCACAGGCUCUUCAGAUAGACACAUUUACAGAUCACACUCCUAAGUCUCACACUCUCCCUGUACACCUGUGCUGUAUUGCCCAAGGCUCGGGCUCCAACCCCUUGCCUACUCAGCGGUGUGGAGCAAAAAUCAGUACCUAAAAUGAUUUAGCUCCUUGGGUGUCUCUUAUUUCAGCUGAAUACUUUGUGUUUAAAGUUUGGAUAGGUCUGUUUAAUUUUUUGCUUAAUGUUUAUUAAUGGCAAUGUAAUGUUAAUUUUGAUUUUGGUUGUUGUUGAUGUGUUGUACUCUCAAAACAUGACAAUUCCCCCAUCCUCCUCCAUAUUACGUUUCAUACAGUUUAAACCCCUGGCAGCUUAACCUGGUGACACACCUACCCACCUGCCCCUGCGGCUUCUGCUGAGCUAGUGGCCAAGGGGACACUGACUGACUGACUGACUUCCAAGGAUCAAGAAGACUGCUAAAUCAAACUUUAAGUCCAGAUCUCUGACAUCAUCACAAGACAAAUCAGACAUAUUUUGGGCAGUGCCUGUUUGAAGAUGAUUAAAUGUCUUGAUUAAGUUUUAAGUUUCUUUGACUUUUAAAAAACUGAAUGCUGCAAUGCUAAAUGCUGGAAUUUUCAUUAACCGUGCCCUAUAAGGACAUGAAAUGUGCGUGUGACAUUCAUUGGAAUGAAAAUGAGGAUGAAAAUAAAGAUGUUUCUCAUGUAGUUAUGCUUUUUUCCUUAUCAUUUUCUGUUUCUUAUCACAGUCAAUGUGAAAUGGUAUUCAUAACCUGUUUAACAAUAGCCUUCAACAAUGUUUAAACCAGGGACUAAAAAAAAAAAUGUCAUGACACCAAAGGCCAAAGAGUUUAUAACAAUACAUUUUUGAAACUACACUUCAAAUGAAACGUGUGCUAUGAUCCUGAAGGAAAUCCCAGAUUUCUUUGCCUAAUUGCACACUGUGGAUGUCGUAUUCUGUGGCUGAAGACCUUUUUCACAACUAUGUAUAAUUACUACAUGUACUGUACAUGCACAGCUUAUCCAGAUACAAAGAA